AAUGUUCUCCCGGGCCUCUGACUUUGUAGCUUCUCCUAUACCCAAGCACAUAUUUUCAUAUCUAGAAUAGCAUACCAAAUUGAACUAAUAUCAUCAACUGUCACCAAGUCAUCAUGGCUGAACAGGUCGCUGCCAAACUGGCUGCCUCUGGGGGCACCGAAUCCGCAGGGUUCCUGAACGACAUAAUCGAGCAACUAUGGCCCAAUAUCAAUGUCGCCGGCUGUAGGAUGGUCAAGGAGAUCGUCGAGCCCAUGUUCGCGUCGAUGCUUCCAGGCCCUCUCGCGACUCUCAAGUUUGUCAAGCUCGACCUCGGACCUGUCCCUAUGCGCGUCUCUGAAGUCGAUGUUCACAAAGUGGACAACGGUGGGAUCAAACUCGACAUGGACGUAACUUGGGAGGGAAAAAGUGAUAUUGAACUUGAGGGGAAGAUGGUACCCAAGGUGAUUGGCGCUGCGCAAGUGGCUUUUAUCAACCCCCCUACGCUCAAGCUCGACUUCACCAACGCAGCCAACAUUGCCGACUGGGCUCUAGUCGACAAGGCUGUUCGCAAAGUCAUCCUCGACAUCAUCUCCUCCAUGGCCGUCCUCCCUAACCGCUACCUCGUCAAGCUUGACAACAACAACGAUUAUUUCAGGACCUAUCUACCUCAUCUGGGCGCCCUACGUCUAACUGUCGAGAGGGCCAUUGGCAUCAGCGGUCCCAAGAAGAGUCGAGCAAAGAGACUGUUGGCCAAGAUCGUCAAGGACGUGCCGGAUUGCUACGCCGCGGUGACGGUCGGCGCGGAGGAAGAGUGGCGCACGUCGGUCAAGAAGAAUGAUCACGACCCAGAGUGGAACGAAACCCACGAUUUUCUGGUUGCUGAUUACGACCAGCGCAUCGUGAUUGACGUCAAAGACGACGACCUCGGCUGGGAUGACGACAUUGGGGUCGCGACAACAACCGUCAAGGACAUCCUGCUGAACGGCGGUUCCCAGGAGCUGGACCUGAUCCACAACGACGAGCCCACCGAUUCCAAGGUUGUCGUCCACGCCAAGUUCUUCAACUUUGUCGACAGCGCGGAUGCGAUCCGAACCACGCGCAGCGAGAGCGAGGACCAAAUCGUCGGUCUCGCCACGGUGCUUAUCGCCAGCGCGCUGGGGCUGCAGGGCCAGCGCGACGAGUUGAACCCCAGCGUCAAGGUGACCUGGGGCGCCAAGGAGUUUCGCACCGCAGCCAAGUCGUAUACCCCGGGGACUGAUAUUUUCAACCCGUCGUUCGACCAGGCCUUUAGGAUUCCCGUUACGGCAGACCUACUUGCCAACCCUGCCAGCUUUAAGAUCUCGUUGCUUAACAAGGCCGACGAGGUUGGAUCGGUGGAAAUUCCCUUCCAAGAUGUUCUUGAGGCACCUGGAUUGGUAAAGGAGGAUAGUUUCGAAGUUGGGCAGGGAGCGACGAUCAAAGCAUAUAUUUCUCUUCGUGGCUUUGAAGUAGCAAAGUAGACAGGGCGACUUGUUUGUCGUUCAUUUCCAGAAAUGAUAUCGUCUGAGCUGGG